CAAACGUAAAUAAAAAAAAAAGUGUUUGGCUUCAGGUCGCAUUUUGCGGACGAUUCAACAUUUGCAUAAUUUUCUACAAAAUAAACCCAUUUUCCCGACAAAAUCCGUCUUUCUCCUGCCUCACCAUGGCAGCGCCGAACCAGCUGAGCCUUCGCUGCCGGCUGUGCCUGCAGCAGUCGGACCAGCUGGAGGACAUCUUCGGUCCCGCCGGCGACGGUGGCAGCUCCCUGCACAUGCGAAUCAUGGCCUCGGUUUCGCUGGAGAUUCACAGAUCGGACAACCUGCCGAAGGGGGUGUGUUCGGGGUGUCGUUACCAGCUGGAGAAAACGUACAUCUUCCGGAGUCGGUGCCGUAAUAACGACACCAGGUUGCGGAGACACGUGAAGCUGGUGGCCGCGGGGAAGGUCAGUAGAUUGCUGGAAGAGGCAGAGGAGGAUGAGGACGAUGAGUUUGAGGCGAGUUUGGAGUACAUUAGAGGGGUGGAUGAACGGGAAAAGGAGCGAGAGAAGGCUCGGUGGGACGAGAAGGUAGCGACGUUUGAGGAGGAGUUUCGGGCCGUGGCGGAACUUCAGCGGAAUACUGUGUACAAUGAAGUUAGGAAUGAACUGUUGAGUAAGAGGGAUGAGAACCGUGUGGAGGUUGGGACGAUGACCGCCGAUGAGGAGGCGGAGAUUGAAGUUGAGAUUCCGGAAGAGAUGGAAGAGGAUGCUCCGGUUGAAGAGGAACCCGAGCCUGAACCGCUCAACAUUAAGAUCAUGGACUGUUACAGUGUUGCGGAACCGACCGUCAGCGAUCCGAAGAAAAAACUUCGCGAGCAAAUUCAGGCUCGGUUGGCAAAGCAGGACGAAGAACUGGUUCAAUACCUGGAAGAGGAACGAUUGGAGAACGAAUCGAUGGAAGUUCUGGACGAAGUGACGGCCGACCAAUUUAUCAUCACGGAAGUGUCCGACUCGGAAACGUACGUCGUAGACACGGACAAUCGUCUCCACGAAGAACAAGACAUGUACGGUUCCGACGACGAUUCGGACGAAGAUCUCGAGGCGGUCACAAACGCUGUCAAGGCGGAACUUGCCGAGCGGCCGAACCUUACCGUGGACGAAAAUUGCGUCAUGAAGGUAGAGAAGACCCGGGAUCUCACAAAGGUGGAAGUUCGCGCCACGGACGGAUCGUUGAUCUGUAUGGAGUUCAGCCGGGAGCGGUCAUCGCCCACUCCGACCCCGAACAGCACCUUCCACAUGAAACUCGCCGGCCACGAGUACGUUUGCCCCAACUGCCCGCUGACGUUCAACAACGCCCGCGCGCUGGGAAUUCACACCUGCCUGGCGAAGGACGCCAAGCAGUACCCGUGCGACGUGUGCGGAAAGGUGUUCCCCACCAACCAGACACUCAAGCGACACUACCGGAUUCAUACAGGCGAAAAGCCCUUCUCCUGCAUGCUGUGCGACAAGUCGUUCACUCAGAAGGAAGUCCUCAAGCGGCACAUGGUCACGCACUCGGGUACGCGGCCGCACGCCUGCGAACACUGCGAGCGCCGCUUCAUCCAGAAGGACCAGCUGCGGCACCACAUUAACCGCUGUCACAGCGAAAACCCCGUCAUCACGCUGCACAAGUGUCACAUCUGCCACAAGACGUUCAAGCACGCGUCCGGGCUGAGUCGGCACACGGCCACCCACCUGGGACGCACCUAUCCGUGUGGGGUGUGCAAGAAGGAGUUCAACGACAAGAGCGCUUUGAAGCGGCACGAGUACGCGCUGCACGGGCCGGAGGCGGGAAUGAAGAAGGGAGCGGCGGCGAACGCGACGGUGACUAAAGGGUGAAGAAGGAGAAGGAAAGUUGAAUGAAGUGGAAGGAAGAAGAUAAUAAACAUUGUGGUAUUAAAUAAAAAGUUUGUUUCAAGUAAGCUUA